AUGGAAAUAUCAGAAUCUGUUAUUGUCAGGUCUAGUAGACUGAAAUCUGUUGUGUGGAAUGACUUUGAUAGGGUUAAGAAAUGUGAUACCUGUGUGGCUAUUUGCCGGCAUUGUAAAAAGAAGCUCAGUGGAUCAAGUACUAGUGGAACAUCUCAUUUGAGGAAUCAUUUAAUUAGGUGUCGAAGAAGAUCGAAUCAUGAUGUGGCUCAACUAUUUGCAUCAAGAGAAAAGAAAAAGGAAGGGGCGGUUACCCUUUCUAAUUAUGCUUUUGAUGAAGAUCAGAAGAAGGAUGAAGUGCUUAAUGUUGUGAAUAUUAAAUUUGAACAGGAUCAGGUGAAAGAUGGCAUAUCUAAUAUUGGAAACAAUGUUAUUGAUCAAAAGCGGAGUCGAUUUGAUCUUGCUCGAAUGAUAAUUUUACAUGGUUAUCCUUUGACCAUGGUUGAGCAUCUUGGUUUUAAAAUAUUUGUUAAGAAUCUACAGCCAUUGUUUGAUCUUGUGUCGCUUAAUGGAGUUGAGGCUAACUGUAUGGAAAUUUAUGAGAAAGAGAAACAAAAGAUGUAUGAAGUGUUGGAUAAAUUGUCUGGAAAGAUCAGCCUCGGUGCUGAUAUGUGGAAUGCUUCAGGAGAUGUUCAAUACCUUUGUUUGACGUCUCAGUAUAUUGAUGAAUCUUGGGAAUUGCAGAAGAAGAUUCUGAAUUUUGUGAUUAUGGAUCCCUCUCAUACAGAAGAUAUGCUUUCAGAAGUUAUCAUGACGUGUUUAAUGGAUUGGGAUAUUGAUCAUGCCUUGGAAGCAUUGUCUGAGGUAACCUGUAAGAUUCGGGAAAGCAUACGGUAUGUUAAAAGUUCACAAGCAGUGCAAGAGAAGUUCAAUGAAAUGGCUCAACAAGCUAGAGUUGAGAGUCAAAAAUUCUUAUGUCUUGAUAAUCCAUUGCGGUGGAACUUGACAUAUUUUAUGCUUGUAGCUGCCUUGGAGUACAAAGAUGCAUUCUCUCUUCUGCAAGAACAUGACUCUGCCUAUACAAUGUGCCCAUCUGAUACGGAAUGGGAGAGAGCAGGUGCUAUAGCUGGCUACUUGAAGCUCUUCAUUGAAGUUACUCAUGUUUUCAGUGGGAGCAAGUACCCAACUGCAAAUAUAUAUUUCCCUGAGAUUUGUGAUAUUCACUUGCAAUUGAUUGAUUUGUGCAAUAGCUCAGAUAUUCUUAUUAGCACUUUGGCUUUGAAGAUGAAAAACAAGUUUGAUGAGUAUUGGAAGCAAUGCAGCUUGGCUUUAGCAGUUGCAGCCAUCUUAGAUCCUCGAUUCAAGAUGAAAUUGGUAGAGUACUACUAUUCUAAAAUUUACGGCAGUAAUGCCACUGUUCACAUUGAUGAUAUUUCUGUUAGUAUUAAAGCACUCUUCAAUGAACAUGCUAUCUGCUCCCCUUUAGCUUCUUUGGAUCAUCAUGAAGAAUACUCAAUUUUCACCAUAGUAUAUAUCAUAACUAAUGAACAUUGUUGCUAA